AUGACUACAGACAUGGUCGAGGGAUAUGCGCUUCGUCGAAACAACACGUGCGGUGAUACCGAAAAGAAAUGUACCCCCAAUGCAACAUGGGAUGAUUGGCAGGCCUGCUGCCCCGGAAAUUCAUUCUGUUUCGACUCACAGGCUUCCCAGGCCAACUUUAUAUGCUGUGAAGAUACCUUGAACUGCACGGCAUCUAUUGCCACUGAGCCCACAUGUGCAGACAAAAGCUGGAAUUUGUUUAACUCGACCGGGUAUUUCUGCUGCGAAGAAGAUCAAAGUGCAUUCAACGUGGAUGGUACUGUUUGGGUUGGGUGUGCGGAUCCUGGCUUUUCCGGCGGGAGUAAAUAUAUAGCCCUGGACCCUAGUUCAGUUGGAACUCCUGUUGCAUCCUCAACUGCCACCUCAUCUUCAACAUCCUCAGCCUCCUCAUUAGCAUCGACUACAGCAUCAACUCCAUCAUCCACGACCGGUUCCAAUAAAUCUACUGAAUCGUCACACACGAACACAGGAGCCAUAGCUGGUGGCGUGGUGGGCGGUGUCGUUGGGGUUGCCGCAAUUUCUGCUCUGCUCUUCUUCCUACUUCGAUCUCGAAACCGAAAGCAGCCACAGCAACAGACACAGUAUCAUGAUACACAGUCUGUGUUUUCAAAUGGCACUCAGCCUGGAAAGGGUAUGCACGCCAGAGAGUUAGACGGCCAGGCAUCAAAGUCCGAGCUGGCUGCUGGGGAUGAUGCAUUCCACGAGCGUCACGAAUUACCUUCCUAUAAUUGA